AUGGAUAAGGCUAGUUUGAAAAAUGGUCCCCAGGCGGGUCCCCGAAAGGGGGAAUCCCGCCCAUCCGCUUCGGCGGGUGGCAGCCCCUCGUACUCUGGGGGGGGCAAAAACUGCCUCGUGAGCCAGCCUACCGCUGACUCCCGUGAACACGACCUGGCGACAACUCUGGACACCGAUACUGCUAGUGUAUUGAGCGUAGACGAAUUGGAGGUGGCGGCGGGAACCCCGAAGGCGCCCGCCAACACCAACGACCCUGGCAAGAACACGUCGGAGCAGGCUGAGCGCCUGCCCACACGAGAUGACUUGGGAAGGUUCGCGCGUCCUAGGACACCGACACCGAGUGCUGUUGGAGAGAGCGGCGAAGAGGAGUCCGACUGCUCCUUCAUGUCGCUCGCCUCAGCGUCAUCUGCGACGUCGGCUCGCGGCCGUACCAGAAAGCGGGCUAAGCCGCCUUCAGCGGAGACACCGGCCCCAAAGAGAAGGCAACAGAAAGGCUCAGGCGACGAGGAAGCGGUCUUGGAUCCGUCUGUCGCUCCACGGCAUACGCGGUCCAAAUUAUCGCUUCCUAGCAAGAACGAUCUGAUGAAGGAGAUGGAGGCGCUUCCGACGACCGAGGUCGGAUUGCGCAUUAAGCAACACCUUGACACGGUCGAGAAGGUGGCGGAUACCUCAGGCCACCUCAAGGGCCCAUACGUCCGAACCCUCAGGAUGGCGGCGAGGACCGUUCAAGCGGCUGGCGAGGAGCUAGCCCGACGGUCCUGCAUCGGAACCAACGUGGAGAGACUGGAGAGAGAGAAUGCAGAGCUGCGUUCUCAGCUCUCCAGUCUCUCAGCUAUGGUAGAGUCCUUAAGGGAAGAACUUCGCGCCCUCCGCCAGGGGGCCGACCCUCAGACCCCAGGACCCUCACCGACUCACGGCUGCGGGCCCGCCACCGUCUCAAUGCCGGCACCGAGCCGGGGACCGGCGGCAACAUUGGCGGCGGUUUCAAAUUGCGGACCCGCGACAUUGGCUCUGGCGACAAAGCCGAGCCGUAAUCCCGCGGCGACCUCGGCUGCCUCACAGAUCCGCGGAUCGCAGGUGUCGAAGGCCGCAAAGCCGCCUCAGACGCAACUGGUUGAAAGCGACUGGGAGAGGCGUCUAUUUAAGAGCAUUGAGGCUCUCAUAGACGCCAAACUCGGAAAGCCACAGUCGGUUCCGGCCGCACUCCCGCCUGCAGUGGCGAUUACUUCCUCCUCCUCCCUUAAAAAGAAGAGGAAGAAGAAACCAAGGAAGAGCAGGGCGGCGACGCAGGUUGAGACUGAGGCCGCCCCGUCAAUCGCGCCUCCCUCUAGCGUCCUGGUACGGGAGGAGACAUGGUCGGCGGUGGUGGGGCGCAAAGCGCGAAGCAGGCUGGCACAGGAAGCCUUGCAAUCCAAGGCUACGCCGCCGCAGCUGCCACGACACAAAAAGACGGCUACGCCUCCGAGGCCUCCGACCACUGCCGCCAUAACGGUGACGGUGCCAGAUGGCUCAUCACUGAGCUAUGCCGCAGUCAUGGCCGCCGCUAAAGAGCGGGUCAAGUUGACUGACUGCGGCAUACAGGCGCCGGGAGUGCGCAUUAAGCGUGCACAGACCGGGGGCAUAAUAAUAGAGGUUCCCGGUCCAGACAGCACUUCCAAGGCCGUGGCCUUAGAAGAAAAGAUGAGGCAGGCUCUCUCGGACUUGACCGUGCAUAUUGCGCGUCCAGUCAAGUCCGGAGAGAUUAGGGUGACGGGCCUCGAUGAGGCCGUUACCCCGGAGCAGAUUGCCGCAGCGAUCGCGGGCACCGGAGGCUGCGCAGUGAGCGACGUACGAGCAGGAGAGCUCCGUCGCUCACGCAGCGGUAUGUUCUCCGCAUGGGUCCGCUGCCCCCUCACGGCGGUGCGCAAGCUGCACGCAGCGAAACGCAUCGCCGUGUCAAACUGGAUCUCCGCAAAAGUGGAGGUCCUGGAGGUCCGCCCCAUGCGGUGUUACCGCUGCCUGGAGCCGGGGCACGUCAGACGACAGUGCCCGUCAGAAAAUGACAGAAGCGACUGCUGCUUCACAUGUGGCCAGAAAGGCCACAAGGCGAAGGAGUGCACUGCGAUCUCUCCCAAGUGCCCGGUCUGUGCGGACCUUGGCAGGCCUGCCAAUCAUAGACUGGGCACUAAGCAGUGCUCUCCCCCGAAAGGGAAGAGGAGGAGAAAGAAGAGCUCUCCCCUAACCCCCGGCGAUGGGCCGUCGCAGCCACAGGCGGCUGCGUCGACUGAACAGAGCACGAGCUCUGCUCCAGCGGAGGUCAUGGAGACGUAA